GACUAUCGUAUCGAUGUCCUUAUAACGAACUUUUCCUUUCACUCUUUCAGGACCAAAGGUCCACUACCAUUCACGAUUAUUUCGCUUGCUUUCAUUUGUCCAACAAUUUUCACAUACCCUGGAUGAGCCUCUGACCUAUUGACGACCUGGAGUUAUUUGUUUUCUUUUUCUCGUAACAGGCAUCUUGUAUAUCGCUUCCCUACUCUCUCGACUUAACUCACCUCUUUCUUGGAUCGAAUUGGCAACCUUUUUACUUUCAUCUAUCGACUUGUUGUUACCUUUCUCGCUCCCCGGCAGCUCUAGCCCCCUCUCUGUACAAGCACUCAACAUAAGUUUCUCAUCAAUUUUCUUCGAGCAUUCCGAUACCCCUUUUCUCCCUUUCCAAAUAGACAUUAGGUAAGGGAGGGAAAAGAACUAAACAGUUUUGUACGAUCAUCCGUGGUUACAUACGGGUUUACUUCCAUCUCAACUCGAAUAUUUGUCUCACGUCGAGACAACGGUCAUGGAAUGCUUGAGAAACAAGUUUCAAAAUGGCGUUGUGCUCGACGGGAGGUUUGAAACCAUCUCCCCUCUUAAUCAUGGAUCGUUUGGCAUGGUCUUCACGGCAAAGGACUUGCAAACCAAUAACCUCGUUGCCAUCAAGUGCUUGACUAAGAAGGCGGCUGCCGACGAGGCCGGGAUCGAAUUCGCAGUCGACGAGAGAUCCGAGGAGCUGCUUAGCCACCGCAGACUAGGAGCCCAUCCCAACAUCGUCAACCUGAUCCACUCGUUCGAGACCGAUGCCCACGUGUACCUUGUCCUCGAAUACUGCUCGCGUGGUGAUCUCUACGAGGCCAUUCGUAACGGAUCCGGUCCCCUAGAGACGGAGCAUGUUCGUCAGUUCAUGAUUGAGCUUGUCGACGCCGUUUCGUACAUGCACUCGAAGGGGAUCUACCACCGAGACAUCAAACCCGAGAACAUCUUCCUUACCGAAUCGGGUUCGAUGAAGCUUGGCGAUUUUGGGUUGGCUACCACGGACCGAUGGAGCUACGAGAGCACGGUCGGGAGCGAUAGAUACAUGUCGCCUGAGCAAUAUGACUCGGCCGGAGCUGGAUACUCGCCGGCCCAGGCUGACAUCUGGGCGAUCGGUAUCUGUCUCCUAAACAUUCUCUUUUCUCGAAAUCCCUUCACCACCCCGACCGAGGCUGACCCCUUGUUCCUGGAUUUCUCGCGUGACAAGCAAUCUCUCUUCGAUGUCUUCCCUACCAUGUCUCAGGAUACGUAUGAAGUCAUCGUACACUGCAUGAAUCUAGAUCCUCAGAAGCGAUCCCUGGUUGCUGCUAAGAGCGCUCUUCGCCGCGUUGUUAGCUUCACCACCCUGGAGGAGGCCCUGGAUGACUUCUGCACAACCGAACGCUCGACUGUCGCCACCGCCAACCGCGAGCCGCUCCGGACCCCUUCCAUUCAGAGUCCUCAGAUGGACCAGGGCGCCUUCCCGUGGGCCAAGGCUUUGCACGCAACCCAACCCCAGGCUAUCCGUCAACUCAGUGCUAUUCCCGACGACGAGAGUUAUUCGGAGGAUUUGUUUUCCAAGUCAGCAGCUACCACGGACUGGAUGUCUGGUACCGCUCUGACGCCUUCGAUCUCGUCGGUUCUAACUUCGAAUCUCGCAGCAUCCAUGAAUUCGCUCAAUGUGUCUCGACCCAUGGAUGUCCCCGCGCGCACUGUUGCCAGGGUGUCUCCGACGGCUGGUUCGUUACCCAUUACCAUGUCGAAGCCUAGGCCCAUUCUUAACGCUAUUUCGAUGGUGUUUGGUCGGCAGAAAGAUGGCGUCUCCAAGAGCUGGAGCGACAUGUGGGAUGAGGACGUGGAGGAGGACGAAGAGGAGCGCGCCCGUCAACUACAAGCGCUCAAGGAGCUUAACUCCAGGACCUGGAGUCAGGAGAGCAAGGAGGCUACUAGGACUCCGCGGCAGGAUCAGGUAUCCUCGCACCAGGCGCCAGCGUCUGAUAAUGAGAAGCCAGAGGCUUCACCUGUGAACGAUACCAUUUCAAAUGAUAUAGAUGGGGACCUAGUUGCGGAUGGAUUUUUCUUUCAUGAGCCUGUUGCUGUUGUGCAGCCUCAGCAUUUUCCCGCUCGUUAUUCGCCUCCGUCGAAGCGUACCGGCGUCGACAAGUGGGCAAUCCUCGGGGAACGCCGCCGGGCAUACGCAGGAGCACGGGAGCCCAAGUCGCCGGAUUACUCAACGAAAUCCCGACAGUUCAAUAUUGGAUUUAAUACUCUACCAGGAGGGAUGGGAUUUUGGGACCACGCCAAUCAACAAAGCCACAAAUGGAAUCGGGACCACCGCGCGACUUCACGUGAAUGUCCGUGGAACAAGGGUCGAGACUGGAACUGGCGUAAGGAGAGACGCCACGAUUUCGGUGACGUCGAGUGGGUUGGCCACUGGCAGGAGGCUCAUUAGAGCAUUUUUAUUUCUUCUUUUCAAACUCCUUGCCGGUGUUGCCACUUGUAGUUGUGCUCAUCUUUCCACUACCACACGGGAUGUUUUUUUUGUCUGAGUCGGGAUGCCGCCCUGCCUGCUGCUUUCUUUCGUUGUAUCCUCUACACGCCACAUGUCGUUCUUAAUAAUUGUUAAGUUUGGUAGUCACCUCCAGGCGCAGAGGAGACGAGGUUGUAAAAAAAAAAUUAGACGACUUUUACUUUUUCCCUCGA